AUGGAUCCUCCACUGCACUCUCGGGAGAUGCACACAGCGGGGAGAUGCACUGAACUCCGCCGAUGCACAGAAUCCGAGUUUGGCUCAAGAUCCGCGGAUUCAGCGCCAAGCAUGCCAUGGCCACGGGCCAUGAUGAGAGGCGGCCAUGUCAGGGUACUCCGACAAGCCUUGCAGGCCAUUCGAAGGUUUUCCAGUGAUGAGACAUCCUCUUUGUCCUCUCUUGCCCAGUACCAUGACAAGAUUCUACGUUGCGCCAAGGCGGGAGAUGCCGAGCGAGCGGAAUCGUGGUUUAGCAAGAUGACUGAUGCGGAUUUUCGGCCCGAUCUUCAGGCCUACAACAUAUUGAUGAGUGCAUAUGCAGCUGGUGGAGACAUGGACGGCACUGACGAGGUGCUACGAUCGAUGCAGGAAGUGCAAUGCACGCCCGAUGCAUACACGUUUUCGACGGCGAUUCAGUCCUGUGCGCCUUCGGGAGAUAUUUCCCACGCAGAGGAGCACCUUCGCAACAUGCAGCUGCUGGGAAUUCCACUGACCGAACCUGUGUGCAAUGCCAAGAUCGCAGUUCAUGCGUCUGCUGGAGAUGUGGAAGGGGCGAAGCAGGCGUUAAAGGACAUGGUGAGGAAGGGAGUUCCACCGGGCACCAUCAGCUUCAAUUCGGCGAUCGCGACAGCUGUGAAGGCAGGCAACGCAGACGCAGCCACCCAGUUGGCAGAAGAGAUGAAGCAGUCAGGUCUGCCUUUGGACAUCGCCACCUAUACAUCAAUGGUGAACUUGAGCGCCAUCAAGGGCAACAUGGACGAGGCCGAGAAGUGGAUCGAAGUGCUCAAGGAGGAAGAGAUGUUGAGUCCAGCUCCCUUCAAUUGCUUGAUGGCCGGCUACGGAAAGGAAGGGAAUCUGGAGGCAGCGGAAGGUGUCCUGAUGCGGAUGAGGAAUUGCUCUGUGUCGCCCAAUCUUGAAAGCUACAACACCCUGACCAAAGUCUAUGCGCAGGCAGACAAAAUGAGUAUGGCUGUGAAGACCAUGUCUCAAAUGCGAGGACAGAAGAUUUCGCCUGAUGUCAUCACGUAUACUUCCGUGAUCGGUGGUUUUGCUGCCACUGGCAAGAUGAAAUUGGUGGAGGAGUGGCUGGAGAACAUGCAGCAGACCUCUGUGUCUCCGAAUCAAGUCACCUUCAGCACCAUUUUGCGAAGCUGCGAAAAGGACCAUUCUGUGGCUCUGGCUGGACACUUUCUGAAGAAGAUGCAGGAGAUGGAUGUGGAGCCAAACCGAGCGAUUUUUAAUACUCUGCUGAACUUGUAUGCCUCUGCCCGGCAGCUUGCUCUGGCAGAAGGCAUUUUCAAAGAAAUGGUUCGCAAAGCAGAGAUGCCGGACCUUCUGGCGUUCGGAGCCUUGGUGAAAGCAGCCGCGCGGAUUCCGGACAUGCAACGCUCCCUUCUUUGGAUGGAAAGGGCGAGGAAUGCAGCUUUGUCGCCAGAUGCGCGGAUGUUCUACUCCUUGCUUUCCUCCUGUGCACAAGUAGGAGAUCUGCCUGCGAUUCAUCAAGUGCUAGGGAAUAUGAAAGCUCAAGGUCUUCCGGAGGAUGUGGUGACUUGUGCUGCAGUGGUCAGAGCUUGUGGCAAUGCCCACGAUCUAAAAGAGGCUGAAAAGACACUGGAACGAUUGGAGACCAUCAAGCCAAAUGAGUACACCGUCAAUGCCAUGAUGACCGCAUGUGCAAGCACCAAGUUCCCCACCAAGGCCGAGUACUGGUUUUCACGCUUGGCCAGAAAGGGAGCCCACAUAGAGGUUGUCGGAUUCAACAGUUUGAUGGCCAAUUGGAAGGAAGACAGCAUGCGUAUGCAGCACUGGCUGAUGCGAAUGAGGAGUGUUGAUGUAUCCCCAGAUGUCAUCACUUUCAACGGGCUUCUAAAUUCAGCUGCUAUUGUGUGUGAUGCAGGCUUUGCAAAAAGACUUUGGUCCGACAUGGAGGAGAUUGGCAAACCAACUCUUGGAAGCUACCGGGCUUUUGCGAAAGCUCUAGCACGAGAGGGACAUGUUCAAGAAUUAGCUGCACUGCUUGGCCGCAUGGAGAAAUCCAAGUUUAGCUCAGAUGUCUUCUGCAUGCGUGCACUCUUGACUGCUUGUGCUGCUGCCAAGUCCAAAGAGGCCGCCCAAAUGGCGGAGGAGCUCUUCCGGCAACACCGCGCCACCUUUGCCAAGGACUCCUAUGCUCGCCAGGCACUGCGACUGGCCACUGGCAACAAAUAUGCUAAAUUGGCCAAGGAGUUUAAGCUGGAGAUCAAAAGCGAGCAAGACACGACUGGGCCCGGGCUUUUCUUGCAAGAUGAGAAGCAAUCGAGAAGCACUGUGGACUUUGUAUUGCAGAAUCGGACUCAACAUGUGAGCAGAGGACAGGCGGAGGAGACGCGCAGACAGAUGAGAUCGCAGAAGGUGAGAUUUGAGACUGUCCAAAAGUCAACUGGGCCAACAGAGCCGUCAGAAGUACCUGAGCCUGAGGAUUCUGAAGAUACCUCAGAUGCAUCUGGUUCAUUUGUGCUUACCUCUUCAGAGCCCUUGCUCCGCACCUUGAGCCUGGAGAGUCGCGAUGUGAGGCGCCGCAGCUCCGCCAGGCUGCGGCUGAAGCAUUGA